UAUUAUUGUUCUGUAAGAAAUGAUCAGCAGGAUGAAUACAGAGAGGACUGGCGAGAAUUACAUGAACUGAUGCUAAGUGAAAUGAGCAGAACCAGGAGAUCAUUAUACACUUCAACAACAAUAUUGUAUGAGGAUCAAUUCUGAUGGACAUGGCUCUCUUCAGCAAUGAGAGGAUCCAAAUCAGUUUCAAUUGCUCUGUAAUGAAUAGAACCAGCUACACCCAGUGACAGAACACCUGGAAAUGAGUUUUUAUAUUGUUUUGGAUUUUUCUCCUUCCCUCCCCAAACAACAAUAUAGCAUUUACACUCUUUCUCUUAUUGUUUGCUUGCAUUUUUGUUUUUCUUCCGGGUUAUUUUUACCUUCUUUCUAAAUCCGAUUUUUCUUGUGCAGCAAGAUAACUGUAUAAAUAUAUAUAUAUACAUAUAUUGUAUUUAAUAUAUAUUUUAACAUAUUUAACAUGUAUGGAACUACCUGCCAUCCAGGAGAAGGGGUGGAGGGAAGGAGGGGAAAAAUUGGAAGAGAAGUUUUUGCAAGGGUCAAUAUUGAAAAAUUACUCAUGCAUAUGUUUUGUCAAUAAAAAGCUAUAAUAAAAAAAAGCAACUUUUACCUAUCAAGUUCCUUAAAUGCCAAAAAAAAAAAAAAAAAGAAGAAGAAGAAGAAGCCAAAAGUUUUAAAAGAAAUGAAUAAACAUGGGGCUUGCUUUUUUUCUUUUGUAUUUAUCAUAAAUAUCCUGGUUGUAUUUCAGAGCUCUGGGAUUUAAAUAGGACAUCAAUCUUUCAUAGUCCUUUUGGAUUUCUCGACCUCCGGGUGAUGUUGCUGGAUGAAUAUCAAGAACGACUGUUUGUGGGAGGCAGGGAUCUGGUGUAUUCCCUCAACCUGGAUCGAGUCAGUGAAGGCUAUAGAGAGAUACACUGGCCUAGCACAGUCCUUCAAAAGGAAGAAUGCAUGAUGAAAGGAAAAGAUGAAAGUGAAUGUGCAAAUUUUGUUCGCGUGUUGCAUCAUUAUAACAGAACACAUCUCCUGGCCUGUGGGACUGGAGCUUUUGACCCUCUCUGUGCCUUCAUCAGAGUUGGACACCAGUUGGAGGAUCACCUAUUUCAAUUGGAAUUACACAGAUUUGAGAGAGGAAGAGGCAGAUGUCCUUUUGAUCCCAACUCCUCCUUCACCUCUACUUUAAUUGGUAGUGAGCUGUUUUCUGCACUCUACAGCGACUACUGGGGAAGAGAUGCUGCUGUCUUUCGCAGCCUAGGCCGUAUGACUCAUAUUAGGACUGAACAUGAUGACGAACGUCUGCUAAAAGAACCUAAGUUUGUAGGUUCUUAUAUGAUUCCUGACAAUGAAGACCGGGAUGACAACAAAGUAUAUUUCUUCUUUACUGAAAAGGCACUGGAGUCAGAAAACAAUGCACACACAAUUUAUACAAGAGUGGGAAGAGUAUGUGCGAAUGACAUGGGAGGGCAGAGAAUUUUAGUAAAUAAAUGGAGUACUUUCCUUAAGGCUAGAUUGGUUUGCUCAGUGCCUGGAAUGAAUGGAAUUGAUACUCACUUUGAUGAAUUAGAGGAUAUUUUUUUGCUACAUACAAGAGAUAAUAAGAAUCCAGUGAUAUUUGGACUCUUUAAUACAACAAGUAACAUAUUCCGGGGAUAUGCCAUAUGUGUCUAUCAUAUGUCAAGUAUCCGUGCAGCUUUUAAUGGACCCUAUGCACAUAAGGAAGGACCUGAGUACCACUGGUCACUUUAUGAAGGAAAAGUCCCCUACCCAAGACCUGGUUCUUGUGCCAGCAAGGUGAAUGGGGGGAAAUAUGGUACCACUAAGGAUUAUCCUGAUGAGGCAAUCCGGUUUGCAAGAAGUCAUCCACUAAUGCAUCAGCCUGUGAAACCUGUUCAUAAGAGGCCAAUCCUGGUAAAAACAGAUGGAAAAUAUAACCUGAAACAAAUAGCAGUUGAUCGAGUUGAAGCUGAAGAUGGACAAUAUGAUGUUUUAUUUAUUGGCACAGAUAAUGGCAUUGUGUUAAAAGUAAUCACAAUUUACAACCAGGAAACAGAAUCAAUGGAAGAAGUAAUUCUAGAAGAACUACAAGUAUUCAAAGUUCCAGUUCCUAUUAUUUCCAUGGAAAUUUCUUCAAAAAGACAACAGUUGUACAUUGGAUCUGAAUCUGCAGUGGCCCAAAUCCGAUUUCAUCAGUGUGACAUGUAUGGUACAGCUUGUGCUGAUUGCUGCUUAGCAAGGGACCCAUAUUGUGCAUGGGAUGGUAUAUCCUGUUCCCGCUAUUACCCAACUGGAACACAUGCAAAAAGACGUUUCCGGAGACAAGAUGUUCGGCAUGGAAAUGCAGCUCAGCAAUGUUUUGGACAGCAGUUUGUUGGAGAAGUGUUAGAUAAGACUGAAGAACGUUUGGCUUAUGGAAUAGAGUAUAACAGUACGUUGCUGGAAUGUACUCCACGAUCACUGCAAGCCAAAGUCAUCUGGUUUGUACAGAAAGCACGUGAAACAAGAAAGGAAGAGGUGAAGACAGAUGACAGAGUUGUCAAAAUGGACCUCGGUUUGCUCUUCCUAAGACUACACAAAAUGGAUGCAGGAACCUAUUUUUGUCAGACAGUGGAGCACAGUUUUGUCCAUACAGUCCGUAAAAUCACCUUGGAAGUAGUAGAAGAGGAGCGUGUCGAAGAGAUGUUUAAUAAAGACUAUGAAGAAGAAGUUCCCCAUAAGAUGCCAUGUCCUGUCCAGAGUAACAUCCCACAAGGAUCAAAGCCAUGGUACAAAGAGUUCUUGCAGUUGAUUGGCUAUAGCAACUUCCAGAGAGUGGAAGAGUACUGUGAAAAAGUAUGGUGUACUGAUAAGAAGAGGAAAAAGCUAAAAAUGUCCCCUUCUAAAUGGAAGUAUUCUACCCCACAGGAAAGGAAGCAUCGAGCCAAAUCUGACCACUAUCGCCUACCUAGGCAUGCACUGGACUUCUGAUGGGCUGAAACCAUCAGCUGACUUUUUGAAGAAUUUUUAUUUGGACUUCUGAGAUUUAAAAGAUGACAUCUGAUUUCUUUGUGGCAGUGGAAAUAAGUACAAUAAGAAAUAAGUGACUGAAAAAAGUAUUAUGGUAAAUUAUACUUAACUCUUUUUGACUGGUUAGAGGUUGCAGAAAGCUAACUAGCUGUUUCUAAAUUCAUUUUAUUGCUUACAUGGUUUUCAACUAUAUUUAUCAAAAAGUUACCUUGUUGUAAUCUUUGUAAUUAUUUGGCUGAAUAUUCAUGCCAACUACUCUUUGUUUCUUGCAUAUUAGUACAAUAUUUAAGGAAAUACAAAGCAAUCGAGAAUUAGGAGGCAGGAGAUGGGAAGGCAACAUAGUUAAUCCCUUUGCUUUUUCAAACUUCUACUUUGCUUUUAAAACUGACAAAUGAUCAAAGUCAUUCCUUUUUUCAUGUGGACAGUUGGUAAUUUUUGUUAUGAUAAGUUAAGCCAUGAGUUUGCUCUGAGGACCACUGUGAUUUUUGUAAAUGAGAAGAGAAAUGUAUUCAGCCCCAGGGGAACUCCCCUUUAUAAAACAUUUAUGGGACCAGCUUCAUAUUUUUAUUAUUAUAGCUGACACUACCCCUUCCAGUUACACUCAGGUGUGGAAAGAAAGAGGCUAAUAGAACUUCCCUUUUAGAUGCUGAAGCAAAACAGUUUAGUCGGACUAUGAGUUAUGGUUGGAACAAAUGUUUGCUUUAACAGUUGGAAAAUUUCUAUGGCUGACUUCUUAAGGUAAAAAACAAAAACAAAAACAAAAGAGCAUAUGCUUAUACCAGCAUAUGGUUG